CUAUGAUGGAAAAUCUUUGAGAAAGCUAUGACCACUUUAAAACAUCAAUGAAGGAGUUCCUUGAAAAGAACCCUCUGACUCUCUACACAUUUGCUGCUAUCGGGCUUGGAAUCUCAACUCUGAAAGUAUGCAAAAGCAUAAGAGCGUUGUACCAAUACACUCUGAGACCUGCGAAGGAUCUCCAAACACUUUACGGCAAUAAUUGGGCAGUUGUCACAGGAGCUACAGCUGGGAUCGGGAAAGGCAUCUCAUUCGAGCUUGUUCGUAGAGGUAUGAACGUACUAAUAAUCGCAAGGGAUCAACAAAAACUUCUUGUCACAAAGAAAGAACUUGAACAGUUUUGUGAAGAAAACAGAUAUGAAAACAGAAAAUUUGAUACUUUAUGCUUUGAUUUCAAUACCCACUAUACUCCUGAGAAGAUAAAAGAAUUCGAAACCUUAUGUAAGCAUAUUGAAAAAGUAUCCAUCCUUGUUAACAAUGUUGGAGUUGGAGGAUACGGCAAAUUCGGAGAAAUGGAUGAUCAUAAAAUUCACAGCUUGAUCAAUGUCAACAUUACUGCUACUACUGUUGUUCAGAAAAUAUUCACACCUAAAUUACUUAAUAAUGGAAAAUCAGGCGUCAUUUUUGUGGGUAGCUGAGUGAAUGAAUCGCCUUAUCCAAAUUUAGCUGUAUAUAGUGCUACGAAAGCAUUUGUACUUCAGUUUGCAAAUUCAAUAGCUGAAGAAUAUAAGGAUAAACUAGAUGUAACCACAAUAAAAACCUCUGAUGUAAAAACAAACAUGAAUUCUGGAAAACUAUUAUUCGCAAUUGACCCAGACCAACAUGCUAGAGGAGCUUUAGACAAGCUUGGGCAUGACACAGAGUCACACGGCCAUUACAUCCAUGCAUAUAGAUAUUUCUUAGCGAAUAGCCCAAUCUCGAGACAUAUAGUGAACUACAUAAACCAAAACCGGGCUAUAAGAGCUGCAAAAACACAAUAAAUUAUUCAACA